AUACUAGUAAGUUGUAAUUAUUCUAGUAGAGACCUACAUAAAUUAUAAAGUUGUAUUGGGGACCUAAUGAUUUUUAAACUCAGAAUGUGUUAUAUUGAUUAGAACUGAGUCUUGAUCUUGAGUAUAAUUUCGAAUGAAAUUUUGAAAUUGAUUAAAGAAUUAAUCAGGAGUAAUACAUUUUUUAUCAUUUGUUCUUAACAUUGCCAUAUGAAUUAACAGGAAGAUGCUUUCGAUAACAUUGAAUUUCGUAAACAAAUCAAGUUACCACACGGCUUGUUACUCAAAAAUAUGAGUCAUUGAUGCAUUUAACACUGUUCAGUGUGUACUUGAUGUAGUCAUCAUUUGUAUCAAGGAAAGAUGUUGACUAAAAUGUGUUAUCAGGCAUUCGCAGUAAUCUGUAUGUUGGAAAUGAGACAUAUCGUAUAAAUCAAAAAUUAUUUACAUCAAAAAAUCAUAACGGAGAGGCAGUUUUGGAAUGACAUAGCACCAUGGCACACCCCAGCCCACCAGCAGCCCCUCCACAGGCAAUGGGAUCAACCAAUACAGUAUUCAAUACAGAGACUCGUUUUGAUCCCUCAUAUGUAAAGACACUGCCAGGGAUGAUUAAAAUUGCUGUAAUUAUACUGGAUCUUCUUGGAUUUGUCUGCAUCCAGUCGUCAGCAUUUCGGUGGAACGGCCGCGGUGUUUACUUCAACGUAGUCGCCCACCUCGGUCUCUGGCUCUCCAGUAUCCUUCUUUUGUUAUACCUAUUCCAUAUCGUCGAGAAGUACCACAAGUUGAAGUGGCUGAAGAUAGAGAUGACCGUGUACGGUGUGAUAGCGUUCCUGUACCUGGUCGCGUCGACGAUCGUCGUCGCAUUUGGUGCGGCUGCGUACUCCGCUGCUGGGUUCUUCGGCUACUUGGCGAUGGUGUUGUAUGGGUUCGACGCGUUCCUGAAAUAUCGUGCGUGGCGCACGGGCGAGCUGGCGCAGGGCCAUCGCGUGCCCGCCAAGCAAAUGCACGUCGUCACGCCCCCCAGUUUGCCCUAGCCCCCACUAUGCUGAACCAUCAUCACAUUAAUUGAACACCGUUGUUGUAUUGUCGCUCAAAUUGUUCAAUAAGGUAUUUGUUAUAUAUUGAUAUUCUUGCUCCUUUACAGUCGUCUCAUUUGAGACCUGACAGAAUGAUGUGAGGUAUUUGUUAUUAUCUAUAAUGAUAUACAUGCUCCCUUCGAGGCUGUUGUUAUAUCUCUUGAAACUUGACCGAAUGAUGUGAAGUACCUAAAUCGCGAAGUUAGUGACUACAAUCUCGCUCAAAUUGUUUAUAAAGAUGUUUGUUAUUAACUAUAUUGAUAUUCAUGAUAUUUUCGAGGCUGUUAUAACAGUUGUUACUUGGGACCUGACCGAAUGGUGUGAAGUACCGAAAUUAGUGACAACAAUCUCGCUCGAUUGAUUUGUUAUCCGUUGAAAUUUUAGUGAUUAGUGUAGUGUAACAUUGGAAGGGUGUAAGAAGAAUUCGUGUAAUUUGGCAAAUGAAUCCGCACGAACAAACCACCACAAGUGUUUGGGUUUCAAGUUACGUGCCGAUAACCGAUAUGCUUAAAUUGUAUAAAAUUUUUUUUUGAUGUAUUACGAGAUUGUGUAAAUAGCUUCUCAUCGAUAGAAGUAGAAGAGAACCUAAAAAGACUUAUGGAAUAUUUUAGAAAAUGUGGACACAACUCGUUGUUUAAUAUCUUACAUUCUAUAUAAACUCUACAUAAAUUAAUUACGUUUAAAACAGAUGGAUAUUCCCUACUAGUACAAAUUUUAAUUAAUGAUUUAUUUAUGUAAUUUUGUAUUUUCUAAAAUAAAACCUUUCUACAGUCCUAAGCUCCCAAUCAUAACGUAUACUUUUGUACAUAUACUUUUGUUAUGAGUCAGUAAUUAAAAAUCAUGAUAAACAUGUUGAAUACAUAAAUAUCAUAAGUAUUAUUUAAUUAUUAAAUAUUAUUAGUAUGUACUUACAUAUACUGUUAUAAUAAUAGUAUUAAUUUAUUAUAACGAGAGCUGGUAUUGAUAUUAAGUCCUGUCAAAAGCACACACAUGAUAUUAUGUAAAUUAAUUUAUAUUUUGUAUGCAUAUCUAUCCAAUGAUCGAAACAAACAGCUCUCACCGCACCACCAAAGUUUAGCUGAUAGAGAAUGCCAUUAUGGCUUAAGUCCGCCUUUGUAGAAUAAAUAUUUGUACUGGUUAGUAGGACUCCUUAAAUGCCUCGGACCAGUGUGGGAUGGUACCACUUUACGUAUUUCUGCCUCCAAAAAAUGUCUGUGGCCCGAUCUGAACGGUAUAGAGCCAGUAUGAUUACAGGAUGUGAGGCAUUCUAAUUUAGUUCUCGCAGAUGACAACGCAUCUGUAGCCUCCUUUAUUUGAAGUUGGUUGCAGGAGUCUAAAGGCUGCAGUAGCCAAUGACCAUCCACCACCAUAGGUGGACUGUAAGGCCAUUUGUCACAUCAAAUAAAACUCCAUCUAAAACCAAGUUGUCAGUUGCAAAAUGAGUACGUGUUAUUACAAUAAGUUGAGUUAAAUGUUAAAUGAAACUAAUUUUACAGAUUUAAUGCCGUUUAAUUUAAUUUGUUCUAUUCAAUGUGUUGUAUUCGUGUAAAUAUAAGAAAUCAUUCAUUUCAUAAGUAAAUCUUAUUUUGUAUAAAAAAUACUGAUGCGUGGCUAUCGCUGAGAUUAUUUUAUCGAUUUAGAAUUUGUUAUUUGUAUUUGUUUACAAAACGUACUCGUCACUAUUUAAACAAAUUAUUUUAUUUAGUAACUGAUUGUCAAUAAAUAACUUAGGAUAUCUGGGCGGCGCUUAGUUCAUACAAACGUAUUCCUCUGUUUUGUUGCUAGAUAUGACACUAGAGCUAAUAUUUAUUUACUAUACUACCAACACCCAUCACUGCCUAUGUUUUGUUUUAUUAAUAUUAAAGCUAGGAAGGUACCUUCUAAAUAGCUUAUCUAUACCGUCGUUAUCAGAAAUCCAGGAAAAAAAUUAAGAUCAUAAAAGAUAAGAAGAGAUUCCUAAACGAGAAUUCUUCUCGAAAUGUAGUUGAAAAAAAAUUGUAUAUCAUUGACAAAUUAAUGAUUUCAUCAAUUUUUCAUAGCUUAUAAUCAGUCCAAGCAGCAGUUGUCUAUCUCGGUUGUGUAGCUUGGUUGUUCGGGCACAUCGCGACGGCAAUAUAUCUGUUAUAAAAUGUCUUGCCACCCGUUAUCCUCUUAAGAAAAUAAUAUAAAUUUAUAUAUUCGGACGAGAGCCAGUAAAAUUAUCAGACGUUCCGUCUUAAUCCUCAGAGGUGACAAUCGGUUCGUGGACUUUAUUUGAAGUUACUUGCAGGUUUCCAUGGGCUGCAGUAUCCACUCACCAACAAAUGGAUGAACUGUAAGUUCGUCUGUCAACUAUUUUAUAUUAAAAAAAUAAUUAUCCAUACUAAGGAUAACGUAAUUACUGUGACGAAUUUUGUCACAAAUGUAUGUACAUUUGUAAAUACAAUAAUUUAUCGCUUUAUAUUUAAACAUCACUUAAUAUUUGUAAUUUUUAUACUUAAGUAAAUUUUGUACUUCCACAAAGUUGCUCCGUCCGCCACAACACUGCUCACGCUUGUGUCAAAACUAUUACUGUUAUGUUACUGUGUAAGCUCUAAUUACGCUUAAAUAUUGUAUUUAAAUCAAUCAACGCAAAUAAAACAUGGAAGUGUUCCUAGCUCCAAAAAUGGCCCAACACAAAUUGAGCUAUGGUGAGCGUGGAUUACCAAUUGCGCUUCUAACUAGUUUAGUACGAAUACCCUCAAAUCAUAAUACUAAAUAAUUAUAAUUUGUAUUGAACCUAUUCUUAUUACAUAAAACGUUGUAAGCAAGUUAUAUGAAGAUAUGAAGUGUAUUGCAAUUGAAACUAAAAACUAUCGGGAAACAAAGUUAACUUUUGACUGUACGUCACGAAUCGUAAUGAUUAAAUAUAAUUCCUCAAAAACGUCUGGAGUCUGCGACAGUGUAGGUGACCUCGAUAAAUAAUUAGGUCUACAUAAUUAGAUUGGACCAGAAGUCUGGAUUUCUCUCUUUUCUUUUAAGUCUGAGAGAAACUUCUGUAUGCUUAUUAAUUUUUUUCUUGGGUAGACUCAUUAUGUCCAUACUUGUGUUCCAAUAUAACCCUAGGUAUUCUAGACUGAAUUGGUUCCAAGAUGGACUUGGAAUAGUUUAGAUGCCAUUUCAAUUCUUCCAAGAAGUUUACUGUUUCCGCAACCUGAACCUUUAACUUGGAUCUGUCCUGAUUGACCAAUAGAUAGUCGUAUAAGUACACCAGGAUCCGAAAUCCUCCUCCGAAGACCUCCAUGGUCCAAUUUGAUAUGGCUGCAAAGGUUUGAGGAGCUGAAGAUAGUCCAAAUGGGAGGGCAGUGAGUUGCAAGAUCUCUCCGCUGUAUCCUUAAAAAAUUCUAAAUUCUUUGUAACCUUUGCUAAAGACGAGUGGAAAUAUGCUUGUGACAAAUCUGUUUUUGUCAUCCAGUCCUUCUCUUGGAGGAAUUUUGAGACUGUUGCUUGGGAUACCCAACUUGAAAUGUUUUGUUGCUAUGUAUUAUUUGGGUAUUUAGAGGUCUCGCAUGUUGAAAAAUGGGCGUAGGCUACCAUCUGCCUUCUCUAUAACAAAUAUCUUGGAAAUGAAGCUUUUAUAUAUUCUGGUUUUUCUAAUAUUUCCUGGUCUUUUAAUUUCUGUAUUAAAUUUGUCAUUUGCAUUUACAUUCUCGUUGCAUAUUUCUUUUGUAUUAUGGGUAGUAGGUACAGUAGGGAUUUAAUUUUGAAUGGGAUUCGAUGACCUGGCAAAGUUUUUAUUAUGAACUGAUUUGCAUUUAACUGUUUUCAUUGAUUUUGAAAGAAUCUCAGGACAUCCCACUUUGUAAUUUCUUUGAUUGUCACUUACUGUUUACAGAACGAAAAGGCUUAUGUUUAGUAAAGUUUUCCUUUUUAAUAGUCUUGUCAGGCUAAUUCUCCUUGUCAGCCUUCCUGUAAUUAUUAUUAGAAUAAGGUUUUUUUGGUUUUGAAGGUAUCUAUGUUGGCCUUCUUGAGCCUAUAAGAGUUCAUGCCACUAUGGGGUGUUAAACCACAUUUGUGUACCUCCCAAAUAAAAAUUCUUCAUAGGUGUCACAUUUUUUAAACUCGUUUUUAAAUUUACAUCAGACACUUCAUUUAAACGUUGAUUGCGACGAAUUUCAAUACAUUCUGUCCUUUUUCCGCAUAAAAUUUGCAUAAUUUGGUCUGAAUUCUUGUUGAAAGGUGAAUAUGGCCCAAAAAGUUCAUAAACUUUAUUAAAAAGGGUGUUAGCUUUUAGGUUGGUACCAUUAGAUGAAGCCCAGUCUAUUUAAAAUUUGAGACAUUUUUUUAGUAACGCUUUUUGUUCUAACACAGCAUUUGAGAGGCCAACUAAAACUCGUUCAUUCUGUAAAUCUGGAGACGCAGAAACUAAAUUUAGACUAUUCUUAUAUCGUACCCUGCCAAGCUGAAUAGUUGAAGUUUUUUAAAACAUUUAGAUGUGCUAAUCGUACAAGUUUCGCGGCCGCGACAUUUUUAAUUCUAUGGUAAAUUCACCCACGCCAACACAAUCUAGAUGCAGGUGGAUCCAAAAAGGGCUCAGUAUAUAUUAGUAAAAUUGUCACUAUUAGGGGUCGAUGGUAGCAACAUUUGUUGGUAGUUGGAAAUGCAAGUUUCUGUGUCAUUAAAGAAUCUACACGUAGGUCAAAAUUGGGAGUAACAAAUUUCUCCACAAGCGCUAUAAAGUAAGCGAAAGUCAGCGCUAGCUCAGGAUGUGGCAGACAGCGCCCCCUGGUGAUAUCACAGAGAAAAGAUCCAGUGUUGCCAGGUAUGUCUUAGACUUAUAUUCGCCGCUUCUGUACUAUGUCUUAUGAGAAUCAGCAAUAAAGUGUUAGCUAAUCAGCGAUGGAGUUUCAAUGCGUUUCAAUUUGUUUGAAAUGUUGUGCCAUGUUGUGUGCUUAAUUCCCUUGAAAUAAUACUUCCAUGUUUAUUUGCUUUCAAUGAUUGAAAUUGUUAAAAACAACAUAAUAUAAGAGGUUUAGUCUAUUCUAGAAUUUAUUCUAAGUUUGUUAUAAGAAUAUAAUUUUUUAAAUGUACUUAAAGUUAAUAAAUUUAUUGUGGAUGUGUUCCGAAUGUCACAUCGACCUAUUCUCAUCGGCUAGUAUCACCGUGCAGCAAGUAAUUAAGCUAGCAAAACUCAUUGAAGUAAUAUGUACUACGUAUAUACUAAAACAGACACCACGAACAAAGUCUGAACGGCUGUGCGGGGCUCGUGGUCGGAGGCACAGAGUACCUUUUUAUGGCACAGACUAAGUAAGUUUGAGCCCGUGAGCUGUAACGCGUGUUGUAAACGACCACGUCUCGGCGUCUCUUCUUGUACGUAGUACAUAUUACUUCAACAGCCAAAAUACCAUGUGGUCGCAGCGCAUCCCUACCGCCACUCUUGCUCUUCUAGAAAAUCUAAAGUCCCUCUAAAAACUUAGUGUUUUCAAAUUACACUCUGGAAAAAAUUAUUCCAACGGCCUGGUCAAACCCAGAAUUUUUUUUAAUACGUAAGUAAGAAAAUACACAAGAUGUAUAUUUUUUUAUUGUAUUACCUUUUUCAUCGUUUUGUAUGAUUAUAUUUUGAAAAGGGGUACAUUAUUUUGCACUGUACUUAAAAAAAUACUACGCUUGUAUAAAUUAGCUAUUACCCUCUAUAUAAGGAGGUAAAAGUAAAAGUCUGUUAUUAAAAAAAAAUCAAUAUAAUAUAUUUCUCUAAACUAUUAUUCUAUAAAAUACUCUUUGUGUGUUAAUAAUGUCUUUUGUAAAACAAUUUCUUUAAUAAUCAAGGCUGUUCAAUUUAGCCAAAUAAUUAUGUAGACAUAUUCAUUGUCAUGUAAUGUUGAAUAAAUUCCGUGAAUAAUGUC